UCACUUUUAUAUAACCUUGUUUACUUCACAUGUAGUUACACGGGACUGACCAUAGUCAACAAUCCACGCCAUAUUUCACGAGACUAGCCAUCGUAACAGACUAAAAAGAUGAAUCUCUUUGAUUUUGGGCAAGGCAUCACUUUGAAGGAACUUUUGGAGAACCCAGAUUUGAAAAAUCCACCCAAACUUAGCGAUGGAACAGUGAAAGGAAAGGUUACAAGUGGUAAGAUCGAUUCAUCUGCAGCCUUUCUGGGACCCAAUCUCUGGAAUAAUCCUGACAACAAUGACUUCAAUCUGGAAUUUAUGGAUCUGGAUGAAUUCCUGUCAGAGACUGGAAUUUCUGUGGAGGACAACUCUAAUACAGCGGAUGGUAUAAACCAGCCCAUAAGUCCACCCGCUCCCCCUGGUGAUUUGGCUGAUGUACUGCUCCCAUUGAUAGAAUCCCCACAGAAGAAGGAAGGCUCUAUUUCAUCCCCUUUACCAGUCAGUAGUCCUGAAGUUUCCCCUCCCCAAAGUCCAGAAGUGCAGUACGAUAUUGACCCCAGCGAUCUGGCCCUCGCCUCCAUCCCAGGUCAGAAUUUUGAUCCAAAGAAAAGAAGAUUCACUGAAGAUGAACUGAAACCUCAGCCAAUCAUAAAAAAGUCACGAAAGGUGUAUGUACCUGAUGAUUGCAAAGACCAGAAGUACUGGAGCCGUAGGAAGAAGAACAAUGUCGCUGCCAAACGCUCACGAGAGGCGCGGAGGAUCAAAGAAAACCAAAUCGCACUGCGAGCGGCAUACCUAGAGAAGGAAAACAACACUCUGAAAGAGGAACUGCGAAAACUGCAGCUGGAAAACACACAGCUCUCACAAAGACUUAAAAAGUAUGAAGGGAAGUCACUCCUGCACUGAAGUGACAGAGUUGUCUCUUUUAUGCAAGAGUAUUGAGAAAAAAAUCUCAGUGCUUGCCUUGGAAAAAUGUUUUUCAGAUAGUUGUUUUGUUACAUACAACUUAUGACUUCUACCUCCAAGUCACCUUAUUUUCAUCCAUUUUUAAGCCACAGAAAUUGUUUAUAAUCAGUUGUGCCACUCAGCAUUUAUAUGCAAACUGUGGAGAACAUAUUUUUAAAAGCAUAUAGGGCAUUAAUUGUUUUGAAUUCCCUGGUUAUCCAUGGCAAUGUAUGUAAACAAUCUAUUUGCGAGACAAUCAUUGUGAAUAAUCAUAUUUUAUAGUCUAUAGUCAUCUUUUUGUAGAAUCAAACGUAGUCAUCAUCCUAUGCAUUCAUAGACAUAUGGUCAUGAAAUGUCGAUCUGUAUUGUACAACAUGAAUAAGUGGGUAAUUAAAAUCCACAAAGUCUCUUUUAUUGUACAAUUUGGGUCACCAGACACUCUGUGUUUUUAACAGAAGUAUGUAUAUUACUUGUGGCAAUACUUGAUUUGCAUUUGGAAAAACAAAGAAAGAAACAAAGAAAAAAAUGAAAAAAAAGAAAAGAAAAAAAGUCGAAAAAAAAAUAAACAAAAGAUACAAAACAACAAGAAAAAAAAAGACAAGUAGUAAUUUUAAAAAAUAUAGAGUUGGAGAAAAUAGAGAAAAAGAUUACGAAGGAAAAAAGGGGAGUGUAGAGAUUUUAUGUGACAUACAAAAUGUGUGAAUUGUGCAUACUUAAAGUACAUGAGAAAUGGCAAUAGGUGUCUUAAUUAUAUAAUAUAGACAACUUUUAACUAUAGCUAUAGGGGCUACCUGGGGCGGGGUACACUUAUAAAAAAUUCUUUUGUAGUUGUAUCAGUUGUUAAAGCAGUAGAGAUAUUUUGCUGCCUUGGUAAUCAUGAUAUUGUUGUAUAAAAUGUUCCUUGUUUCUGAUUUGUUAAAAAAAAAUGUUUACAUGGAUUAUUGCAAGGUACACAGUAAUACAUUGAUAUGUAUUGUAAAUCUGUUUUGCUGAGCAGAGUUAAAUCUAUACAUUUUAUAAAUAACUUUUUUGGAACUCCUUUUCCUUCAUUUUGGCUGUGAUAGAGAGCCUUUUGUUUGUAAAUUUAUUAAUUGUUUGUUGAAAAAAAAAAAUAAAUCUGUUUAAAAUUGUA